AUGAUCCCCGCUAUCCAGCAGGAUGUUGCUGCAAGCGAAACCGCUAUGGCAGGGUCACGGAUCAACAUCAACGGCUGCACAGAGGGGACUCGGCUCGGCCAGGUCCUGUGGCUAUGGAAGGUCGUGGUCGGCGCUUGCACCGUUGCGAGCGCUCAAAAGGCGGGCCUCCCGGCUCCGGAACCUGGGGGUCUGGGCAGCGAGCCAUAUCACCAGGACGUCAUUCCCAGAGCGUAUCGUGACGACAGCCCGCUCUGUGACGAUGACGAUGAGCUGUAUGCCAUGCUAGCGGAAUGGUGGGCCAGAAGGCUGAGGCGAUGGAGUAGGGCCACAGGGGUUAUUGAGUGGAACGCCGCGAGAAACGUGUUGGCGCUGGUGGCAUGGCCGGAAAAGGGUCCGGGUGAGAGGCUGGCUCAGAGGAUAUGGGAGAAUGCAGUCAACAAGCGGGUGACAUUUUAA